UCCCAUCAGUAUCAGUCGACAAUAAGCCGCAAGAUGUUCAGCUUCACGGCGUUCGUUUGGCUGCUUUGCUGUGCUGCUGUGCUGGGCGUUGAGGUUCAGUUGGAGCUGGGCCGCAUACGUGGAGUUAAUCUGACAUCGCGGCUGGGCGUGCAGUUCCAUGCUUUUCGCGGCAUACGCUACGCUGAGCCACCGCUGGGCGAGCUGCGCUUCAGAAAUCCCCAGCCCGUGAAGCCCUGGGCACCAGAGACCUUUGAUGCCAGCCAGGACGGACCCAUGUGCCCGCAGCCGUGGGACAAUAUGACGGACGUGUCCGAGGACUGUCUGCGCCUGAAUGUGUACUCAAAGAAUCUGAGUCCAACUGCUCGUCGGCCAGUCAUUGUGUUUCUGCAUCCCGGCGGCUUCUAUGUCUACUCUGGGCAGAGCAAGUACUUGGCCGGUCCGGCGCACUUCAUGGAUCGCGACUGUGUGCUGGUCUCACUGAACUACCGCCUCGGCAGCCUGGGCUUCCUGGCCACGGGCAGCGCCGAUGCCCCCGGCAAUGCUGGACUCAAGGAUCAGGUACUGGCUCUUCGCUGGAUUCAGAAGUAUAUCCAUCUGUUCGGUGGCGAUCCGGGCUCGGUGACGCUCCUGGGCUACAGCGCGGGCAGCCUGAGCAUUGGCCUGCACAUGUUGUCUCCGAUGUCCCGGGGCCUGUUCCAUCGAGGAAUAUGCAUGAGUGCCUCGCCGUAUGGCCAAUGGGAAUACCCCACAUCAGAUCUGAAGCUUGCCCAGCGCCAGGCACGCUUGCUCAAGUGCCCGGAGCUACCAGUGAAAGAUUUGGUCGCCUGUCUGCGCGGCAAGCCCAUGCUGGACUUUGUAAGCUCCUACAACGGCAUGUUCGAAAUUGGCUGGCACCCUGUGCUGAACUGGCUUCCGGUUAUCGAGCAGGACUUUGGCCAGGAGCGUUUUCUGCUCGAGCAUCCGUACAAAACGGCUCUGAGCGGAAAGUUCUACAAGGUGCCCCUCAUCACGGGCAUCACUGAGUUUGAGUUUCUAUCGGCCGCCUUCUACGAUCUGCGCAAUGAGAGCAUACGUCAGAAGCUAAAUGAUAGGUGGGAGCAUUUUGCUCCGAUUGUGCUGCUCUAUGAGCAGAACACGACCAAAUCGCGCGAGGCCAGCGCUGUGCUACGAAGGGAAUAUUUGGGAAAUGGGAACAUCCAGAAUCCCGCAUCUCUCCAGGGUUUGGGCAGGGCCUAUAGCGAUGCACUCAUUGGGCUCGAGUACCAUCGCUUUAUGAGUUUAAUGGCUCCUCACACACCAGUCUUUAGGUACUUCUUCCGCUACAAGGGGCGCUAUAGCUUCCUGAUGCAUCCGGACACCAAUCAAACCUUUGGCGCUGUGCACCACGAUGAGCUCUUAUAUCUGUUCCGAGUGCCGCUUAUAGCUCCAGUGUUCAAAGAGAGCGACCCAGAGAACUUGCUGAUCGAGCGGCUGACGCGUCUAUGGGUAGAGUUUGCCAGAAAGGGUGAUCCCAAUAGUGCAACGGACGAAUACUUACGUCACGUACAGUGGCCCCAAUACAAUCGCCAAAAUCAGGCGUAUUUGGAAAUCGAUACGAAUCUAACGCCAAAAACUGGCAACGUUUAUGAAGAGCGUUACAAGAUCUGGGAUCAGCUCUUUCCCUACCCCAGCUUCUAAAUGAAUU